CUGAAAGGGUUCCAGCUGAAGUUUCUGAGCAGACCAGUCGCUGCAGCUCCCUAGGCUGAGUUUCCAAGCUGCCGGUGCAUGCCAUUGACACGCUGCAGGAUGGUGCCCGUGGCCAGGCCGCUGUCGCUGCUCCUCGCCUUCUUCCUCUGCGCCUGUGCUGAGACACCUCCCAGGUUUACACGAACUCCGGUUGAUCAGACAGGGGUCUCUGGCGGAGUUGCAUCUUUCAUUUGUCAAGCUACAGGGGACCCAAGACCUAAAAUUGUCUGGAACAAAAAAGGAAAGAAAGUCAGCAACCAGAGAUUUGAGGUAAUAGAAUUUGAUGAUGGAUCUGGAUCAGUUCUCAGAAUACAGCCCUUAAGGACUCCACGGGAUGAGGCCAUUUAUGAAUGUGUGGCCUCGAAUAAUGUGGGAGAAAUAAGUGUGUCCACCAGACUCACAGUUUUACGUGAGGAUCAGAUUCCAAGGGGUUUCCCUACCAUUGACAUGGGCCCACAGUUGAAGGUGGUGGAACGUACCCGCACGGCCACCAUGCUUUGUGCAGCCAGUGGUAACCCGGAUCCAGAAAUCACUUGGUUUAAAGAUUUUUUACCUGUUGACACAAGCAACAACAAUGGUCGUAUUAAGCAGUUACGAUCAGGAGCCCUGCAGAUCGAACAGAGUGAAGAAUCUGACCAAGGAAAAUAUGAGUGUGUUGCCACCAACAGCGCGGGCACUCGCUACUCUGCCCCUGCCAAUUUAUAUGUCAGAGUUCGCCGUGUCCCACCAAGAUUUUCUAUCCCACCCACUAAUCAUGAAAUAAUGCCAGGUGGAAGUGUUAAUAUCACCUGUGUGGCAGUGGGGUCACCAAUGCCUUAUGUGAAGUGGAUGUUGGGGGCAGAAGAUCUGACACCUGAAGAUGAUAUGCCAAUAGGAAGAAAUGUCCUAGAACUGAAUGAUGUAAGACAGUCAGCAAAUUACACCUGUGUUGCUAUGUCAACACUGGGCGUCAUUGAAGCAAUAGCACAGAUCACUGUCAAAGCCUUACCCAAGCCUCCAGGAACUCCAGUAGUGACUGAGAGCACAGCUACAAGCAUCACGCUGACAUGGGACUCUGGGAACCCUGAGCCCGUCUCUUACUACAUCAUUCAACAUAAGCCUAAAAAUUCUGAAGAACCAUACAAAGAAAUUGAUGGGAUAGCAACCACACGCUACAGUGUGGCUGGACUAAGUCCCUACUCGGAUUAUGAAUUUAGAGUUGUUGCUGUCAACAACAUUGGUCGAGGUCCACCAAGUGAGCCUGUAUUAACACAGACCUCAGAGCAAGCACCGUCCAGUGCCCCACGGGACGUCCAGGCACGCAUGUUGAGCUCAACUACCAUUUUGGUACAGUGGAAGGAACCUGAGGAGCCAAAUGGACAGAUCCAAGGAUAUAGAGUUUAUUAUACAAUGGACCCAACUCAGCAUGUCAACAACUGGAUGAAACACAAUGUAGCUGAUAGCCAAAUCACUACUAUUGGCAAUUUAGUACCCCAAAAAACAUACUCUGUCAAAGUCCUGGCUUUUACCUCAAUUGGAGAUGGCCCUCUUUCAAGUGACAUACAAGUCAUUACUCAGACAGGAGUACCAGGGCAGCCACUAAACUUCAAAGCUGAACCUGAAUCCGAAACAAGUAUUUUGCUGUCUUGGACACCUCCACGUUCUGAUACCAUUGCCAGCUAUGAACUGGUCUACAGAGAUGGGGAGCAAGGAGAAGAGCAGCGAAUCACCAUUGAGCCAGGCACAUCUUACAGGCUGCAAGGGCUGAAACCUAACAGCCUAUACUACUUCCGUCUGUCUGCACGCUCUCCUCAAGGCCUGGGUGCUUCUACAGCUGAAAUAUCAGCUAGAACCAUGCAAUCAAAGCCAUCAGCUCCUCCUCAAGAUAUUAGUUGCACCAGCCCAAGCUCCACUAGUAUUUUGGUAAGUUGGCAACCUCCACCAGUGGAAAAGCAGAAUGGCAUUAUCACUGAAUACUCCCUCAAGUACUCUGCAGUCGAUGGGGAAGACUACAAGCCUCAUGAGGUUUUGGGAAUUCCUCCGGAUACUACCAAAUACCUUUUGGAACAGCUGGAAAAAUGGACUGAAUACCGGAUCACUGUGACUGCCCACACAGAUGUCGGCCCUGGCCCUGAGAGCUUGUCCGUGUUGAUUCGAACCGAUGAAGAUGUUCCCAGUGGUCCUCCUCGAAAAGUCGAGGUGGAGGCUGUCAAUGCCACGGCUGUUAAAGUCUCGUGGCGCUCACCUGUGCCCAAUAAGCAGCAUGGCCAGAUAAGAGGAUAUCAGGUGCACUAUGUGAGAAUGGAAAACGGGGAGCCCAAGGGCCAGCCCAUGCUGAAGGACGUCAUGCUGGCUGAUGCACAGUGGGAAAUUGAUGAUACUACUGAACAUGACAUGAUCAUCUCUGGGCUACAGCCUGAAACGUCCUACUCCCUGACUGUCACAGCUUACACCACCAAAGGCGAUGGUGCUCGAAGCAAGCCCAAGCUGGUGUCCACCACUGGGGCAGUUCCAGGGAGACCCCGGCUUGUGAUUAACCACACUCAAAUGAAUACUGCUCUCAUUCAGUGGCACCCCCCUGUGGACACAUUUGGACCCCUUCAGGGCUAUCGUCUAAAGUUUGGCAGGAAAGACAUGGAGCCCCUCACUACUCUUGAAUUCUCUGAGAAAGAAGACCACUUUACAGCCACAGACAUCCACAAGGGCGCAUCAUACAUCUUCAGACUCUCAGCCAGAAAUAAAGUGGGCUUUGGGGAGGAAAUGGUGAAAGAAAUUUCUGUUCCAGAAGAAAUACCAACUGGAUUUCCUCAAAACCUCCACUCAGAAGGCACCACUUCAACCUCCGUUCAGUUAUCUUGGCAACCACCUGUCCUGGCAGAAAGAAAUGGCAUUAUCACCAAGUAUACCAUCCUGUAUAGGGAUAUCAACAUUCCCCUUCUUCCAAUGGAGCACCUUAUUGUUCCAGCUGACACCUCUAUGACACUCACUGGCUUAAAAUCAGAUACUACCUAUGAUGUAAAAGUACGUGCUCACACGAGCAAAGGGCCCGGGCCAUAUAGUCCCAGUGUCCAGUUCAGGACACUGCCUGUGGAUCAAGCAGUGUUUGCAAAAAAUUUUCAUGUCAAAGCAGUUAUGAAGACUUCAGUGCUGCUGUCUUGGGAGAUUCCAGAGAAUUACAAUUCUGCUAUGCCUUUCAAAAUUCUUUACGAUGAUGGGAAGAUGGUAGAAGAAGUGGAUGGCCGAGCGACUCAGAAGUUAAUUGUUAACCUGAAGCCUGAGAAAUCAUACUCCUUUGUGUUAACCAAUCGUGGGAACAGCGCCGGUGGGUUACAGCAUAGGGUAACAGCAAAGACGGCCCCAGACGUGCUCCGUACCAAGCCUGCCUUCAUUGGGAAGACCAACUUGGAUGGCAUGAUUACUGUGCAACUACCUGAUGUUCCUGCAAAUGAAAACAUAAAGGGUUACUAUAUUAUAAUUGUGCCUUUGAAGAAGUCUCGUGGGAAAUUCAUCAAGCCAUGGGAGAGCCCUGAUGAAAUGGAGUUGGAUGAGCUGCUUAAGGAGAUAUCUAGGAAACGCAGAAGCAUCCGUUAUGGGAGAGAAGUUGAAUUAAAGCCAUAUAUUGCUGCUCACUUUGAUGUCCUUCCCACUGAGUUCACCCUGGGGGAUGACAAACAUUAUGGUGGAUUUACUAACAAGCAACUCCAAAGUGGACAAGAAUAUGUUUUCUUUGUGCUAGCAGUGAUGGACCAUGCAGAAUCUAAAAUGUAUGCAACCAGCCCAUACUCUGACCCUGUCGUGUCAAUGGAUCUGGAUCCACAACCAAUUACAGAUGAAGAAGAAGGCUUGAUAUGGGUCGUAGGUCCUGUCCUUGCUGUGGUCUUUAUCAUCUGUAUUGUGAUUGCUAUUCUUCUUUAUAAAAGGAAGAGGGCAGAGUCAGAGUCCAGAAAAAGCAGUUUACCGAACAAUAAGGAAGUCCCUUCACACCACCCAACAGACCCAGUAGAGCUGAGACGCCUUAACUUUCAAACGCCAGGUAUGGCUAGCCAUCCUCCAAUACCUAUCUUGGAACUUGCAGACCAUAUUGAGAGGUUGAAAGCAAAUGACAACCUGAAGUUUUCCCAGGAAUAUGAGUCAAUUGACCCUGGCCAGCAGUUCACAUGGGAACACUCAAACUUGGAAGUAAACAAACCAAAGAACAGAUAUGCAAAUGUCAUUGCAUAUGAUCACUCUAGGGUUCUCUUAUCAGCAAUAGAAGGUAUCCCCGGAAGUGACUAUGUGAAUGCCAACUACAUAGAUGGAUAUAGGAAACAAAAUGCCUAUAUUGCAACACAAGGAUCUCUUCCUGAAACAUUCGGGGACUUUUGGAGAAUGAUAUGGGAGCAACGGAGUGCCACAGUUGUCAUGAUGACAAAGCUAGAAGAAAGGUCAAGGGUGAAGUGUGACCAGUAUUGGCCCAGCAGAGGCACUGAAACUCACGGGCUGGUCCAGGUGACGCUGCUGGAUACUGUGGAGCUGGCCACAUACUGUGUCAGAACGUUUGCACUUUACAAGAAUGGUUCCAGUGAGAAGAGAGAAGUGAGACAAUUCCAGUUCACGGCCUGGCCUGAUCACGGGGUUCCAGAGCAUCCCACACCUUUCCUAGCUUUCUUACGAAGAGUCAAAACCUGUAACCCUCCCGAUGCAGGGCCAAUGGUUGUGCACUGCAGUGCGGGUGUUGGCCGGACUGGCUGUUUCAUUGUAAUAGAUGCCAUGUUAGAAAGAAUAAAGCAUGAAAAAACUGUAGAUAUUUAUGGCCAUGUAACUUUAAUGAGAGCCCAGAGGAAUUACAUGGUGCAGACAGAGGACCAGUACAUCUUUAUCCAUGAUGCGCUGUUAGAAGCAGUGACAUGUGGAAAUACCGAAGUGCCGGCUAGAAACUUGUAUGCCUACAUUCAGAAGCUGACACAAAUAGAAACAGGGGAGAAUGUCACCGGAAUGGAGCUCGAAUUUAAGCGUCUAGCCAGCUCAAAAGCUCACACCUCAAGAUUCAUCAGUGCCAAUCUUCCAUGUAAUAAAUUCAAAAACCGCCUUGUUAAUAUUAUGCCAUAUGAAUCCACAAGGGUGUGCCUGCAGCCUAUCCGAGGAGUAGAGGGCUCUGAUUACAUCAAUGCCAGUUUUCUUGAUGGAUACAGACAACAGAAAGCCUACAUUGCUACCCAGGGGCCCUUAGCAGAGACGACUGAAGACUUUUGGCGCAUGCUUUGGGAACACAACUCUACCAUUGUUGUGAUGCUCACCAAGCUGAGAGAAAUGGGCAGAGAGAAAUGUCACCAGUACUGGCCAGCAGAACGAUCUGCAAGAUACCAGUAUUUUGUUGUAGAUCCGAUGGCUGAGUACAACAUGCCUCAGUAUAUCCUGAGGGAAUUCAAGGUCACAGAUGCCAGGGACGGCCAGUCCCGAACAGUGAGGCAGUUCCAGUUCACUGACUGGCCAGAACAAGGAGUGCCAAAGUCUGGAGAAGGAUUUAUUGAUUUCAUUGGCCAAGUCCAUAAAACAAAGGAGCAGUUUGGCCAAGAUGGGCCCAUUUCGGUGCAUUGCAGUGCUGGCGUUGGAAGAACUGGAGUCUUCAUAACACUGAGUAUUGUAUUGGAAAGAAUGAGAUAUGAAGGGGUUGUAGAUAUAUUCCAGACAGUCAAAAUGUUAAGAACACAGCGACCAGCCAUGGUACAAACAGAGGAUCAAUACCAGUUCUGCUAUCGAGCCGCACUAGAAUACCUGGGCAGCUUUGAUCACUAUGCAACGUAGAAACCCCUGAUUCCUUCUGGAUUUUUACUACAGGCCCUUCGCUAUCCAUGGAGUCUCUUCUGAGCCAUACAGGGCACUUGAGAAGUCCUUCUUAACUUCUAGCUAACAGCCACUUAGUGGGACUAUUACAAAACAAAAACAAACUCUUCCAAGUGGACCAAGAAUUCACAGUUUAAUCAUCUAACCUGAAAAAUAAUAACAAGAAUCCUGACUUAGGGAGGCAUCUGAAGGAUUUUAUUUACAGAUACCUCAAGGAUUCAAAAUAAAGGGAAGAAGAAAUGACAGCAAAGAACUACCAUCUUGUUCAAGAUUGCUUGGUGGGGACAGAGAAAGCUUGCCUGUGGGCCUCAGUUCAGCACAAGGCAUUUGCUGGUGUGGCUUCUCACAAUAAGGUGGACUCUGCUUCAACAUCACCCCUUUCCCCAUGCCACUCAUACUUGCAUUUUAGGGGUAAGGGUGGGGCUGUUUAAAAAGAAAGUCCUUGAUUUCAUUUUAGUGUUGUAAAAGAUUUUGCUGCCCUGUGCUUCAGUUCUAACUGUGCAAACUUUUUUUUUAAACAAAUGUAUCAUUCGAUAAAGUAAAUUCAAAAAGUUA